GGAGGGGAACAUAGACGAGCGUUCAAAUCUCGAAACAUGUGGUAUUACCCUUGGUUGCUGGCAUCCGGCCCUUGGAGUCAAUUCUCCCGUGGCGUUUACUUUGAGUAGACUCGUAUCCCGAUAUCCCGAUAUCCCGAUUAUACGAGACCAGAAAUCCAAGGUCCAGCAUGUCCUGACUAACAUUGAGUAGCGCCUGACAAACAACGGAAAGCUCCGGGUAGGACAUCAUAUCCCGCGAGUCGCCGGUUGAGCAAACCAUAUCCGAUUUACCUCCAAUCAAUGACUGUUUUUUAGAGAUUUCCCCGAUUUUAAGGUUUUUGUGUGCCACCCAGUCGGUAGUUUUCUGGAUCUUUCUUUAUGAAUUCGCCUCGCCAUAUUGUAUAUACUGGAGGGCACUGCCGUUCCUUUGACACCAAUUCUCUCGUUUACUCUGAAGUCUUGUCUUGAUACUCAACCUAUUGAGGUCUGCAUAUCUCAAUGGUUUCAUUCGCUCUCUUGUGGAGGCCUAUGUGCCUUUUUCUUUCGUGUUCACAGACUACUUUCCCAGAGAAGCCUAGUUAUCAGAUUGUUGAGCAGCUUUAUGGCGUGCCAGACGGCUGGACAGAAAAUGGCGUGCCCUCACCAUCAACACCGAUGAAGUUCCACAUGGCAGUAAGCAACGACAGGAUGGCAGAUUUCGAGCAAAGGGUCAUCGAUAUCGCCACUCCUAGUCACCAGCUCUAUGGCCAGUUUAUGACACGCGACGAAGUCGGAGAUUUUCUGCGUCCGUCAGAUGACACCGUGAGUAGGAUUAUUGCAUGGAUGAAAUCAGAGCGUGUGCCUAGCAAAUCAAUCGAGAGACGUGCGAAUUGGAUCACAUUCACGGUCCCUGUGUCUCAGGCGGAGGAUAUGCUAAAAACGCGGUUCCACAGCUUCCGCAAUGAUGUUAGCCAGGAAACCGCAAUCAGGACGCUGCAAUAUUCCGUGCCACGAGAUAUCCGUGAUCAUGUUCAAAUAAUUCAACCGACAACCAAGUUCGGACAAUUCAGUGCCCAGGGUGCCCAGGAAAACCAACCAGAUCUUGAACCUGUUGCUACCCGCUUCGAUGACUUGAAUGUCAACUGUUCAACCACUGUCACCACAAAAUGCCUUCGGAGGCUGUAUGGUAUCUAUGAUACCGAAGCGAAGCCAGAUCCACGGAACAAGCUUGGUGUGUCUGGGUUUUUGGAUCAAUACGCUCGCUACGACGAUUUCAAUACCUUUAUGCGCACAUAUGAACCAGAUCACACCGAUGCCAAUUUCAGCGUGGUUUCGAUCAAUGGUGGUCGCAACGAUCAAAACUCUUCCUUUAGCAGUACUGAGGCAAGCAUGGACAUUCAGUACGCGGUGGCACUGGCCUAUAACGCCUAUACAACGUACUAUACAACAGGAGGACAUGGUCCCUUUGUGCCAGAAGCCGACCAACCCAACGUCGGUAGUUCUUCUAACGAGCCCUACCUGGAGCAGCUCCACUAUAUUCUCAAUCUCCCAGACGAGGAUCUCCCUUCUGUUCUGUCAACUUCGUACGGCGAAUAUGAGCAGAUUAUCCCCGCAUCUUACGCAAACGUCACUUGUAACAUGUACGCCCAGCUCGGGGCACGUGGAGUUUCGGUGAUUUUUGCAAGUGGUGACUCUGGUGUUGGGGGAUCCUGCGUGUCAAAUGACGGUACCGGACGGACAAGAUUCAUGCCAACCUUCCCAUCCACGUGCCCCUUUGUCACAUCUGUCGGUGGAACAUUCGGAGUCGAUCCAGAGAAGGCUGUUGGCUUCUCUGGGGGUGGUUUCUCGGAAUACUUCCGACGCCCGGCAUACCAGGAUGAGAGCGUCCACGGCUAUCUCGAUCAACUGGGUGACAAGUGGGAAGGCUUGUACAACCCAGAAGGAAGAGGAUUUCCUGACGUUGCUGCCCAGGCCAGGGGCUUUGUCUUUGUAGACCACGGUUAUUUCACGAAGCUUGGUGGCACAAGUGCUGCUGCGCCUGUCUUUGCAGCUAUCGUCUCCCGCUUAAACGCCGCUCGUUUAGAGCGCGGCCAAAACAGAAUGGGUUUCCUGAACCCGUGGCUUUACUCGCUCAACCACACGGGUCUUACAGACAUCUUGGAUGGAGGAUCAGUCGGUUGCACCGGAUACUCCGAUGUUGGUGGUCGUGCAUCAAUUGUGCCGCACGCUAGCUGGAAUGCCACCCCAGAUUGGGAUCCUGUCACUGGCCUGGGAACCCCAGAUCUGAAUACCCUCAUUAAAGUUGCGUGUUCAACAGAGGGGACAUAAUAACGUUCAUUGGAAGCUAAAUUUUGAUCUGGUCGUUUUGUAUAUACCACCAUAAACAAAAAUCCUUGCGUCAAGCUAUCCUGCCAAAGGGCUUUUCAGAAUAUAGAACCUCCC